AUGCCAGGGAAUGGGAAGGCUAGGUCGGCAGAUCACGGUGAUUCCAGCUCCUCAAUUCACGAAGAUGCCGAUGCCGGUCCCUCGACUUUUACACCUGAAACGGACGCCAGCGAGAGUGCUAUAAGUGGAGCCAGACAUUCGGCCGAUGCACCACCUCAGGAUUCCAACAACGCCAUAGGGCAACAAGCUAUAAAUGGCAGUCACCAAGCUGAACAAUUUUCGGUAUCACCUGAGCAGGGUCUGGGCAUACUUCUCGAGCACACGCAGGAUCAGACGAAUCAGAAUCAUCGGACGUCGGUCGUGGAUGUAUUCGGGGGACAAAAGGCCAAGGCUGCAUUGACGGAAAUCGCUGAAGAUAUUGCCAGACAGCCAGCAGAUGAUAAGGAAAAAGUGCUGAAACUCUCUCCGGAAAAGAUUCAGGAACUCACAUCGUCGCCUGAAUCUAUACCGUACCGUGCAGUGGCACCGGAAAACAACACAGGAAGGAGGGUUGUGUCGGAUAACACAAAUUCUACGAUGUCGCAUAUCAGGCCGGAGAUCAAGGAUUCUAUUUUGCAAGCACUCAGCGAGACGACCCCGCUAACGGAGAAGAUCCGGUCUAUCAAAGAUAUUGAUCUUGAUGCUUCUGCGUCCGCAAGCCCGGCUGCUACACGAAAUGCCAACAAUGUACCAGUGCGGAAUCGCCCGCAUCCAUCUCGAACAUUCUCCACCCCUGGUCUUUCGCGUCGUUCAGCCAGCUCUACGCCCAAUAAUGAACGACUGGCUCAGACAUGGACGUCACGCUCCAAGCAGGAUCGACCUGGUGCGGAAAGAGACCUGAAAGACCUGAAGAGUCAGCUUGCCGCGUCUGCACAGAUCAUCGAAACGCCUCUGACAUCCCCUAUGCCUCCUGCUAUUCCUCUACCUCCUGUAUCCAUACCGACUUACCUUCAACUCGAGCUUGCAUCUGGUCGCCCUUCACCACUAUACAUCCACCGUUCUUCGACGACGGACUUCCCCUAUGAAUCAUCUAGCGCCAAACUUGAAAGACUGCUUAAUGUCUUAUUUCUUCCUUGGUCGUUAGAGCAGGUUCUCUGCUUUGGCACGCUUGCGUGUCUCGACUCAUGGCUUUAUUCGUUUACAAUCCUUCCCCUCCGCUUUACCAAGGCUGUAUAUAUGCUAUUCGAAUCUUGGGUGAUGAACAUUGAUGCUGAGAUGAAAUUUGUGUGGAAAUUUGUUGUCAAUGGUGUUGGUCGAGUGUGGCGAAGGAGACAACACCCCGCCGAAACCCAUGGUGAAAGGCGCGAGAGCGAGCCCGAUGCUACACCACCCAUACCGAAUGGAUCGUCCACUGGAUAUGACGGUAUAUCAAUUGAUCGAGAGGCAAGACACCGGCAUUCGGAACCCUCUAAGCGGAGACACCGGGCCUCAGAGUCUCGUCGGCAUCAUCACCGAAGGAAGAAGUCGAUUCCUUCGGCCUUGCUUCCGGAUGACAAAGCGGACAUCCUGACAGGUCUCCUCAUGAUCGCGACCUGUUGGGCGUUGAUGUAUUUCGAUGCUAGUAGGAUGUAUCACUGGAUUCGCGGACAGGCAGCCAUCAAGCUGUAUGUCAUAUACAACGUGCUGGAAGUGAGUGAUCGACUGUUGGCAGCUCUCGGUCAGGAUGUUCUCGAGUGCCUGUUCUCCCGGGAAGCCCUCGAACGUCGCCCUGAUGGACGCAGUAAGAUCUUCCGUCCAUUCUGGUUGUUCCUGUUGGCAUUUGGAUACACCGUGGCGCAUGCGACAGCACUAUUCUACCAGGUCAUGACGCUGAAUGUGGCCGUCAACUCAUACUCGAACGCCCUCAUCACGCUGCUGCUAUCCAACCAGUUCGUCGAGAUCAAGUCGACCGUUUUCAGGAAAUUCGAAAAGGAAAACCUUUUCCAACUCACCUGCGCUGAUGUCGUGGAAAGGUUCCAGCUGUGGCUGAUGCUCACUAUCAUUGCCUCGCGCAACAUUGUCGAAACGGGCGCCUUCAAUUUUAUUGGGGACCUCGGGCUGGGAUCCAGCUUCUCUAGUCAGCCCUCGACCAUUACGAAUAGCACACCUCUUUCCACGCCUCCACGAACUGCGUCAUCUAUCUUGCCUCAGUCUUUCACGUUCUUCCCGUCAUCCAUUCUGUCAUCCUUCAACAACGUCAAUUCCUUCAUCCCGACCUUGGCACAAGUCCUAGGUCCCUUCCUGGUGGUCUUGGGCUCCGAGAUGUUCGUCGACUGGUUGAAACACGCGUACAUUAACAAAUUCAACAACUACCGUCCAGCUUUAUACGGCCGGUAUCUCGAUGUUCUCGCCAAGGACUACUACACGAACGCCUUCGGCGACCAAAACCUUACUCGUCGCCUAGGUCUCCCCGUCAUCCCUCUCUCCUGCCUAUUCUUCCGAAUCUCAGUGCAGACCUACCAGAUGUUCCUGGCCUCUCUUAUCCCUCAACAUCCAUCUUCCACUGCAAUGGGAUCUACCUCCCUAUCCUCAAUUCACAGCCACUACGCACCCCUCCCCCUACCAUCAACACCACCAUUAACCCUCCGAACUAUCCUCCCCGCCUCAGCAGCACACAUCAAUUCCUUCUUCCGAACCUUCCUAGAAAACGCUAUCCCGUCACCUGCCCAAUCCGUGCAAAUCUUCACUGUCGUCCUUCUGAUAACCGGCUUCGUUGUCUUGCUCAUCCUGAAACUCCUUUUGGGAAUGGUCCUCCUCGCCUUUGCGCGCUCCCGCUACAAGGCUAUGAAACCAACCGAGACAGAACCACGCACAGAACCGCGCAAGUCUUCCCACUCAUCAUCACACCCACAACCACCAGCCGAAACACCUGGAACACGCAAAGACGAGUUCGCCGUCGACGGAGCUCGUCGCGCUGGGGGAUGGGGUAUGGUUGAGGUUGGCGAUGAAAAGAGAAGAUGGAUUUACGCGGAUGAUUCUGACGGAUUACGGCGUGUGAAGGAGAAGGAAGAGAAAGAAAAAAAUAAGGAUAAGGAUUUGAAGAUUGAUCAUGUACAGCGGUAUGAGAUGGUUGCAAAGAAGAUUUGGUGA